AUGGGUUCCAAAGCCAGUGAACUGAGACAGGAGGGAAAUGGGGGGGUUGCGCCAGCCCAGCCCCCUGACCGCCCGCGCUCUGCCCUGCAGUUCAUGGAGGAGCUCGCUGACGCACUCAUCUACUGCCACGCCAAGAAGGUGAUUCACCGCGACAUCAAGCCGGAAAAUCUCCUGAUGGGCCUGAAGGGCGAGCUCAAGAUCGCCGACUUCGGCUGGUCCGUGCACGCGCCCUCGCUCAGGCGGAGGACCAUGUGCGGCACGCUGGAUUACCUGCCCCCCGAGAUGAUCGAGGGCAAGACGCACGACGAGAAGGUGGAUCUGUGGUGCAUCGGGGUCUUGUGCUACGAGCUCCUGGUGGGGCAGCCGCCCUUCGAGAGCUCCACCCACACGGAGACAUACCGCCGCAUCACCAAGGUGGAUCUGCAGUUCCCGCCGUUCAUGUCGGAAGGUUCCCGGGACCUGAUCUCCAAGCUGCUGCGCCACAACCCCGCGGAGCGGCUGCCGCUGCGGGCCGUGCUGGAGCACCCCUGGGUGAAGGCCCACUCGCGCCGGGUGCUGCCGCCCGUCUUCAACCCCGCCCCUGCCAACUAGCCGUGCCCCACGGCCACACGUGACGCCAGUCCCCGUCUCCCGCCCGGCCUCCCUCGGCCGAUCGCGGGCAGGGGGCACGGGGCCGACACACCCGCUCGGGCCUGUGAAUACAGGUGCGGCUGCCAGUCCCUGACCCCGGGAGGUUUUGCUGGCCACCUUCCCAACUGUCAGGCUAGGGCCGCCCCCCAUGCCCAGAGGGGCAGCGGGUCCCUGCCCCCCCUCCUUUCCUGCCCAUGUGCCACAGGGUGGGGGCAUGCCCCCGGCGCGCCCUGUUUUAAACGUCCCUGCGGGAGGCUGCGUGCCCCCUGCCCUCUUUUUAAUAAAAUUUGGAGUUACUUUGCCA